GCCCUGCGCCACCAGGUGUGAUGAACUGACUGCAGUGAACAAUAGGCGCACAGCAGGACUUCAAACGAAGCACGAUUUAAAAUACAACCCCUCAGAUUUAUUAGUUGAUGUUGUUGGGUUGUUUUUUAGCUUCUCUGAGUUGCUAAUUUCACAUCGGUCGUGGAUAUUUUAACCUAAUAUCCUUACUGUACUCCGAUGCAAUGGCUGCAGCACACCUUUUUUUUCUACAGAGCAUCAUGUGAUGCUUCGCCAUUAUCACCGCUUACUUUCGCUAUCGCACGGUGAGCACCUUGUAUGUGCUUUAAUGUUACACUACAUUUGAGACUUUUCUUCUUCACAGUGCAGUAAGGUUUAUUGCGACGUAGCAUAUUAAUAAGGAAUGCACAUUUUUGCUCAACAAAUGACACAUAAAUAAAAACAUGUGGCAUUAAUUCAACAUCUAUGAAGGUAAAUAGGAGUCGGGACGUACUAUCAGAGCUGAGUAGUGAGCAGCAACACGUCGGGACAAAAAAUAGCUUUGGGCUGCUGUCGAAUCGACCGUUUCUUUUGCGCAGCUGCAUAUCCCACUUUUUUUGUAUUCGAGUGGGCAGCAGGAAAAUCAACAGAAGUCCAUCAGCCGUUUUACCGCAUCUUCAAUGUCACCGGGGCUCUCCACCUUCCGCUGCUGCGUCUGACUCCGGACGGAUCGAGAGGUGAGGAAAGGCGCAAAAAUGCAAUGACAGCGGAGCUUUUUUAGCCGCAGAGACAAGGAAAGACAGACUUUGGGAGAAACGGGGAGCGUGGUAGCAGCUACAGUGGUCUUCAGACCUGUGCAGAGGAAGCGGGGAUUGGUCAUGGUGGGACGGGGAUUGUGGGUAUGCAAGCCCCGGUUUGGGAAGCGGGGAAACAGGCUCGGGGUCCUGACGUUUCUGUGCGCAGCGGCAACGUGCGCGGCGCUGCUGGCUCUACUCUUCGUGGACUUCAUCGAGUCGUGGGUCACCUCCAUGGGCCAGAACACGGUGGUGGAGCCGUACGCCGGCGUCAUCCCCCCGCAGAGCGUCCCUCCAACCAGACCCGAGGAAUUCCUGCUCAUGCCCAGCCCGCUGGUGUGCCAACGUGCCAAGCCUUACCUCAUCACCAUGGUUAUCUCGGCCCCUGCCAAUCAGAGGGCCCGUCAAGCCAUCAGGGAUACCUGGGGAGGUGAGGUGGAGGUGAGGGGCCUGCGGGUCAUGACUCUCUUCAUGGUGGGUGUGGCGUCUGACCCUGGACUGGCCAAGCUGUUGAUAGAAGAAGCCCGGGAGAGAGGUGACCUGAUUCAGGGGCGUUUUCUGGACAGCUACUCCAACCUCACACUGAAGACCCUGUCCAUGCUGGGCUGGGGCCGCCGCUUCUGCCCCCAAGCUCACUUCAUGGCCAAAGUGGACGAUGAUGUCCUGUUCAACCCCAGCGCCCUGCUCCACUUCCUGAACAAGAGUCGGAACCCCUAUGAGCAGGGAGACUUGUACCUCGGCAGGGUGCAUCUCCGUGUGGCUCCGGACCGUGAUCCGGACAGCAAGCACUACCUCCCCUCAGGGGCCUACCCUGCCUCAGUCUUUCCAGAUUAUUGCAGUGGUACUACCUACGUCCUGUCCCGCUCUGCAUUGCUCAAAAUUUCCCUGGCAGCCUCUGCAUCACCUUUAUCCACACCUCUGCCACCUGAGGAUGUGUUCGUAGGUCUGUGUGCCCGGACAGCUGGAGUGCUGCCCUCACACUGCCCUCUCUUCUCUGGUGGUUUACCUGUGCCAUAUGGGCGCUGCUGCUAUCAGGGCAUGGUGUCCAUCCACCGCAUCUCACCCAGGGAGAUGCUGCACUACUGGGCCGAGGUCCAUUCUUCAGUUCCUUGCUCCUGGCUCAGUCUCCGGGCUUCUCUGGGGGUGUGCAAAGUCAGGGGGUUGCUGGGCUCAGCUCUGGGGCUGGAGCAAGGAUUGUGAGGGUUAACAGGAGGACAAACUGGACUCAUCGGGGCUGUGCCUUGCUUCAGUACUGUGAACAGCACAAGUGCUCUUAAGGCUGUGCAGCUUCACUAUGUGCACUGAAAUAAUGUCACUUUAUUUUUUUAUAGUUUGAUAUUCAACUGGCUUUUAUUUUUUUGCAAAAAAGACAACGAUCAGCUGGUAGCAUGGAGAGCUGUCAGAGUAAUCUUUCACCUGUCUUUAGACUGUUAGAGCAUCCUGCAACAUUACACUGACACAAACUGUAGAUUUAGAGCAAGCAUUAGCAUGCUGAUAUACAGUGAGGAAAUACAGCUGCUUAUGUGAUGAAUGCACAUUCAGAAAAUGAUGCUGACACAAUGUCUGACAUCUAUAGGCUGCUGCCUUCAUUUAUUUAACACCUGUGUAGUCUAGUACCAGGGACUUCAAUUGUAGUAGUCUAUUUGCCUAAAUGCAUGUCUCCAAAAUAUAGUGCAAUAAACAUGAAAUCACAGGCUUCAUAUACCCCAAUAGAAAUGGAGCAACAAAUCACCAAAAGCUGUUAUGUGCUAAACUAAUUAUGACUUGAGUAAAUGAACAGAAUUGAUGUAAUUCAAUAAUGGGGACUGGAAUGGCAAGCCAUUAAAUGGACGCUGAAAUUGGAUACAGUGAGAUCUAUGCGGCCACUUCUGAAAACAGACAGCAAAGGGAAUUUUUCUCCACAGCUGACACCGCUACCAGUGACUGUGAAAUGACGUUAUACAUAGACAGACAGCAUUAUUUAUAAGUUUUCUCUGUAACCUUGAGUUUAAACUGAAACGUGUGACGGCAGCUCUGUGCCGACAGGUCUGGACUUGGUUUUGUGUCUGCUAUGUGAGGUGGAGAUGACAUUUUAAGAGAGAAAGUCAGUGUGUUUAUGCUCAGGAAAUACAUGUACGAAUCAAAUAUAGUCACCAAUAAACCACUCUGUGAACCAAAA